AUGGUCAAAAUCGCUAUCGCAGGAGCUUCGAGCGAACUCGCUAGAGAGAUUCUCGACAGGCUUGUCGAUACCAGAAAGCAUGAUAUCACUGCACUUGUGCGCAAGGACCCAUCUAGAUUUCCAGAGCUUCCAGGCGUCACCUGGAUUAAAGCUGAUUACGAAAACAAGUCUGAGCUUGUUGAUUUAUUCCGCGGCGUUGAAACUGUUCUCUCCUUCCUAGCCGUACACUUGGAUCCCGGCAGUCAGACCCAAAAGCGACUUAUCGACGCAGCUGUCGAGGCUGGCGUGAAGAGGUUCGCUCCAUCUGAGUGGGCAACAGGAGCCAAACUCGCAGACUCGCUGGACAUCAUGUCAUGGUACAGCGGAAAGAUUGAGAUCAGAGACUAUCUCAAGACUCUGAACUCUGACAAAAAGAUUAUCGAGUAUACACUAUUCCAACCUGGUGGGUUUAUGGAUUACCUCUGUCACCCGUACAAGACUGCAAAGUACAUCACCACUACUGUCGUCAACGUCGAUUUCGUCAAGAAGUAUGCCAUAGUUGUCGAAGGUACCCUUGACGAUGAGAUCACUUAUACAAGUGUCAAUGACAUUGCCAACAUCGUUACCAAGGCCAUCGACUUUGAGGGCGAAUGGCCCGUGAUUGGGGGUAUCAGCGGUGAUCGCAUCUCUAUUCGUCAGCUUCUGAAGAUUGGAGAAGAACUUCGAGGGGAGCCUUUUACUAUCGAGUGGCUCAAAAUGGAAGACCUCGCAGCUGGGGAACUAAAGACUGACAACUACCCCCGACUGCCACUACCCUCGGUUCCUCAGGAUCAGGUGGAAGCUUUCUCAAAGAUGGUGGUUAUUGGUACUCUAAUUGCCUUCCACCGCGGAGCUUGGGCUGUCUCAAAUGAAUGGAACCAGACUUUUCCACAAUACAAGUUUACAAAGGUUGAUAAGCUGCUGAAGUCAGCAUGGGAGGGUAAGAUGUAG